CUUUGUCAUCUCUACGUCUCUUUGUACAAAGUGCCAAACCAAGAAAAGAUGGCGCCGCCGCCCGCGCCAGAAUCCGACGUGUCGGAGGAGGUGUCUUCGGUCCUCCUUGCCCUCCCCGACGGCCCUGUCGAAGCUGGGUCGUCCGACAUCAAGACUCACACCAUCUCCUUCCUCGGUGGCUACCCCACCUUCCCACCUGUCCCCGGCCCGUCGACCGCGCCCGAGUCGGUCCGCUGCGGUGUCUGCCACCAGCCUAUUCCUCUGCUCGCCCAGGUCUACUGCCCCCUCGAGAACGGCGAGAACGACCGUACGAUCUACGUUUGGGCCUGUGCCCGCCCCGGCUGCAGGAGGAGGGAGGGCACGAUCCGUGCUUUCCGCGCUUCGGCCCGCAACGAGGAAUACGUUGCCGAUGUCGAGGCCAAGCGCGCCGAGGCUGAGCGCAUCGCUGCCGAGGAGCGUGCCAAGGCCCGCAUCAACCCCUUCACCGUCAAGGACGCCCCUGCGGGUGGAGCCCUGUUCGGCGGAGGUCAGCCCCUAUUCGGCGCCGCUCCUUCCAACCCCUUCGGAGCCCCAUCCCCUGCUCCUGCCGCUGCGGCUGCGGCUGCUGCCCCUACCACUCCUCUCGCCUCUCUCAAGAUUGGCGAGCCAUCAACCCUCGCACCACCACUCCCCGCGUACCAGCCGGCCCAGUACCUCACGACCAUCGACGAGUACCUCCCUCUCCCCGGCUCUGACGACGAGAGCGACAUCGAGUCGGACGAGGACGAGGCACCCGAAGCCAAGGCCGAGUGGCGCGACGAGGGCUGGGAGAAGCUCCUGCCCAAGGGCGUUGACGACAUCUUUGAGCGCUUCGUCCGCCGUCUGGAGAGCGCCGAGGACGGUGCGAGCCAGGUGCUGAGGUACGACUUCAACGCCGUGCCAUUGCCCUACUCGUCGUCAUCCCCUCUGUUCAAGAAGCUGUUCCCCAAGGCUCCUACUCGCGCCCCCUCGUCCGAGGAGGAGGAGGUCAACCUCUCCGAGUUCUACACGGAUGCGUCGAUCCCCAAGUGCACUCGCUGUGGCAAGAAGCGCGUCUUUGAGCUGCAGCUUGUUCCUCAGCUUAUCAACGUGCUGCGCCCGGCUGCCAUCUCGACGGACGGCAAGGCUCCUGCGCCUGCACCCGCCAAGAAGCCUCAGACUGAGGCUGAGCGCAAGGCUGAGCUGCAGCGCCUUGCCAAGGGCGAGCUCGCUGACGGCGAGGCGGCCGAGAUGGAAUGGGGCAACAUCAUGGUGUUCUCGUGCCAGGCCGACUGUGUCGGUGUGGGCGAGGAGUGGGUUGGUGUCGAGUGGGAGGCUGUUGCCGAGCAGUAAUGCGUUGGGCUUAUAAUGUGCGCCGUUGAUGCGCCUGUGAUCAACUAGACCUUAUUUUAUUUGGGCUCUGUAGAUGUAGACACCGUGUAUAGUUGUCAUGCUACAUUCAUUGCAUAGGA